AUGGAAUCGAAAUUGUAAAAAUUAUUAUUUUUACUUUCUAAGUACAGACUACAGAUUCAGUUUAGUCUUAGAUCUUAUUUAAUAGUUCUUGUAAUAUUAUUGAACAUAAUUACCCAACACUAUUUUUUUCAAUUUUAAUUUCAAAAUGAUACAGUUAAUAAUUGUUUUGUUUAAAAAUUGAAAAAUGUAUCACAGUUGUUCGUAUUUUGCUGUUUUUUGAAGUUUUUUGGACUUUUACGAGUAUGGAUUAUACCAGCCAAAUAGAAAGCUGUGUCGAGUGGAUCAAAAACGGCAAUUUUGAAAAAGUAUGCGUUCAAUUGCCAGACGAUAUGUUAAAAUUGAGUGUAGAUAUUUCAAAUGAAUUUGAAAAGUUGUUGGGCCACCGUGUUUACAUACUUGGCGAUACGUCUUACGGCAGCUGUUGCGUUGAUGAAACAGCCGCUCAACAUGUGGCUGCUGACUGUGUGAUACAUUUUGGACGUGCGUGUCUAACUCCGACUGGUCGGCUUCCAGUAUAUUUCAUUUUACCAAAAAAAUCAUUAGAUCUCACAAAAUGUUCAAGUAUGAUACACGAAAAAUUUGGAACAGUUAAAGAACCAAUUUUAGUUUUAUACGAUGUCGUGUACCAUCACAUUAGAGACAGUUUAGCAGAAUCUCUAUCUUCUAUUAAUUCAAUUAUAAUGUCUAAUCUCGAUCUACCUGAAAACGAAAAUGACCCAAAUAUUGUUAAAUUGUUUGGUAGACAAUUUCAAAAUGUACAGUAUAAAUAUAUAGUUUAUAUUACGCAUGAUGAUUACAUGAAUAAUGUGAAUCGCUUUAUAUUGAACAAACGAGAUUGUGAGGUAUACCUCUACAAAAGCGAUUGUGAAAGCUUAGUACAAGAAACAUUAGCCCAAACGAUUAGGAAGAAAUAUUAUAUUCACGAAAAAUUAAAAGAUUGUACUCAUUUUGGAAUACUUGUAUGUAGUUUGAGUAUAAAAGAUUUGAUUGAUCGCAUCAACCUAGUAAAGAGUCUGUGCAAGGCUCGCAACAAAAAAAGUUAUAUAUUUUCAGUCGGACGACCUAACGUCGCCAAGUUGGCCAAUUUUCCGGAGGUCGAAGUUUUUGUGAAUAUUACUUGUAUUGAAGGAGUAAUUGAAAAUCAAAAAGAAUUUUUGCAACCGAUUGUGAACAUCGACGAUUUUGAACUUGCACUAGGAACCCAAGAGUUUAAUAAUAUACCCGAUGUAUCUUUGGUUACCAAUAAAUUAAGGAAUAUCUCAAUGCUAAACGAUAACGAAACACAAGCUUCGUUAGCGCUCAACAUUAGAACUGACAUGUCUCUGUCAGUAGUUACGCAAAAUCGAACAUGGACUGGCCUUAAUCCUCACGAUACAAGGCCGCCAGUUACUUUAGCCGCCGAAGGGAGAAAGGGUACGCCAAGCACUGGGUACACCACCAACGACGAUUUAAACAAUCGUAGUUAAUCGUAUUGUUAUGAUUGUGUACACAUUAUUUAGGUGUAGAGUAUAUAAAUAGUAUUAGUUUAUUUUGGUUCAUUCUCUGUUCUUGUAAACUACUUUGAAAUAUAACUGCACUUUUGUUAAAAUAAAGUACAAAAGUUUAUUAUUGUUAACAAUUUUGUAUAAAAAAACUUUACUGCCAUUAUAUUAUGUUAUGAUAAUAAAGUAUUUUCCAUAGA